AUGGAGAAGGAUGGUAGCGCAGCCGGCGCCGGCAAUGCCGAGGCGAAACCCGUGGUACCGCCAGUGGAAGAGACGAAGCCUACAACUGUCGUUGAGGAUGUUCCUGACCCCGAUGAAGACGACUUGGACGACUUGGAUGACAUGCUCGAUGACUUUGCUGCCGUGAAUGUGGAACCGAAGAAAACAGCACAACCUGCUGCGUCAGCUGCGAGAACCACCGCGGCUGGGCCAGGUAGACCCGCGACAGCUGUGGAAGAUGAUUCUGAGGAUAAAACACUGGAAGAGAUGCUAUCUUCCGACGAUUUCGCUAAGCAGCUCCAAGCUGGCAUGGCAGACCUGAUUGGAGAAUUUGAGAAGAAUCCCGAGAUGCAAGCGCAAUUCGACAACGUGUUUAAGCAGAUUAGUGAAGCUGCGGCAGGAACGGAAAACCUUGCCGAAGGCACGACCGGAGCAAAAGCGCCGACACCGCUAGCGUCAGCCUCAUCUUCAAGCAAAGUUCCCGUUUCCGACCCCAUUGCCGACGGUUCCUUCCAGGAGACUAUCAAGAAGACCAUGGAACGCAUGCAAGCAUCAGGACAACAGGCGACUGCAGCCGCGGCAGAGUCAUCUACCGAAGAUUUCCUCGCAGAGAUGAUGAAGCAACUCGGAGAGGGCAACCUCGAAGGCGGCGGUGGCAACGAGGAGGAGUUCUCAAAGAUGCUCAUGGGCAUGAUGGAGCAGCUCACUAACAAAGAAAUCCUGUACGAGCCUAUGAAGGAGCUCAACGACAAGUUUCCCGAGUGGUUAGCAAAGAACAAGGAAAAGACGCCAGCAGAGGAUCUCAAGCGGUACGAGGAGCAACAAGCGCUAGUCAAGGAGAUCGUGGCCAAGUUCGAGGAGAAGACGUACGCCGAUUCCAACGCGGCGGACAGAGAGUACAUUGUGGACAGGAUGCAAAAGAUGCAAGCUGCUGGCUCACCUCCGUCUGAUUUGGUCGGUGAUAUGCCAUCAGCGCAAGAAGCUUUCAGUGCAGACGAGGGCUGUAAUCCCCAAUAA